CUGAGAAGAGUCGAAACAGAAACACACUUGAAGGGUCUUUACCAUUACUUUUAUACUCCUCCUCGUGGAAAAAUUACGUCGUAUUUCCUUUUAAAAAAGACGAUCAAGCGCUUUAGGCUUUCAUUUAGUGCGUUCGUCUUCGCCUUCCAUGUGAACGUGGGUGUUUGGUUCCAAGUGACGUUCCAUUCAUCAUACUGGGGGCGCUUACUUCUUCCUGUGUACAAAUUACCCGCUUUACACGCCGUCAUCAACACGCAUCGACUUCCAAAAUAACGUUAUAGCUUGGAGUUUCUUUAAGGAAAUUGAUUUUGAUCGACAAUGGCUUACAAGAACAAGCAAAUAAGAGAGUUACCUUAUGGUGUUCUUUACAAACUGGCAAAACUGCUAGACAUACCUGGACCAACAAACUGGAAAGCGCUUAUUGGUGUCAUGCCAAGUAAUGCGUAUAAACCUGAAGAUGUGUCAACAUUUGAAAUGGCAGGGAUGAGAAUGAGUGGCAGCCCCUCAAUGGAUUUGUUGACUGACUUGGGGCGGAAAUGCAAAACUGUUAAAGCACUUGUAGUAUGGUUGAAAAAAAUUAAAAAUGCUCAAGCCCUGGACAUCUUAGAAUAUGAAGAGGAGGUGAAUAUCCAGGAACAUCCGUCAUCACGGCCAGUUUGUGCUGGUGCAAGUGUGACCUUCAAAUGCAAAGCUACAGGUUACCCUUCCCCAGAAUAUUUGUGGGUCAAGGAUGGUGUUGAGGUUCCUGAUGGAUUAAAUGAAGAACUAACAUUAGAUUGUGUUAGACCGGAAGAUAGUGGAAAAUAUAAGUGCAUCGUGUCCAAUCGAUUGAAUAUGGAGGAAAGUCGUGAAGUGGAGUUACAAGUCCAUCCAUCACCUGUAAAUGGUUAUACUGGACAAGAACAAACUCCACAAGGAAAGUAUCCUCCUGAAAUCACACGUCAACCACAGUCCUGCAUUGUACUUGUUGGUAUGGAAUUCAGCCAGGUCAUUGAGGUGAAGGAAGGACCAGUGAAAUACCAGUGGUAUAAAGAUGGCUUUAUGCUUGUGGGGCAGACAAGAGCAGAGUUAACUUUCCAGCCAUUCCAUUAUCGACAUGAAGGCAACUAUUGUUGUAGGGUGGAAAACAGUGCUGGUGAUGCCCUCAGUAACACAGCAUUGUUACAAGCAGGAAGGCCAGAUGAUCUACAUAGAGCUCAAGCUGUGAUUCCCAGAUCUGCUGAGCUCACACAGAAAGCUGCUGACAAAAUCGCCUUAGUCAUCGGCAACCGUGACUAUGUGCGCUUACCUCUCAAUGAAAGCCCAUUGGUUCACACUUGCAAUGAUGCAAAGAUGCUUGCCUCAAUUUUACGUACUCGUGAAAUGGGUUUCAAGGUCAUCUCUCUCAUGAACCUGACACUAGAGGAGAUGUAUCAAGCACUCAAUAUUUUUUACAGUCUUCUUGGAAGUGGGGUGUAUGGAUUGGUUUACUUUGCUGGUCAUGGUUUUGAAGAAGGAGGGCAAAACUACCUGGUCCCUGUUGAUUCAGUUGGGGAUUGGGUACCAGAGGAAGCUGUUUGUGCUCAGCGAAUUUUGGAUGAAAUGAACAGAUACCACACAGAGUUGAUAGUGUUUCUUUUGGACAUCUGCCGCAAGAGGGCAAAUGCUGAGAAAAAUUUUGUCAUGAAGAGUUAUGAAUUUCCAUACAAUGCACAGGCAGUAAUGGGGUUUGCCACAUGUCCUCAGUCUGAGGCUUAUGAGAGAAGACAAGACCCCAAUGGCAUGUACAUGAAACACCUGCUAAAGUAUGUCAUGAAUGACUGUAAAGUUGAGGAUGUCUUGCAUCAAGUGGCAGCAGAUGUUAGUGCAGAGGUAGAGAGAAAUGAGUUGGUGGAGAGACAACGUCCACAGUUUCACUCUACCACCACAAGACAAUACAGCUUGCGUGACCCAAUUCACAAAGACAAAUUGUACUCUGAAAGAGAGAAGUCGUGGCUUGAAAUACACCAUCUCCCUCAAAAGCGAGAGAUAGAAUGUGAAGCUGGCAUAAAGAUAGAAAUCCGUUUUGAACACCAGAACUGGCUGUCAAAUGCAAUUGUUUUGUGCCUAAGGGUUAUUGACUUAGGAGAGGCAAAAUUCUGUGAUGUGGGCUUGAUGCUGGAGUGUCUUCCACAGGAUUGCCAGAGUCUUUACUUCCAUCCGACCACAACCAACAUAAUGAGACAGGUUGUUCAGCCUACCGACACGGUUGCUCGAAGCCUGCCUCAACAGCACAAUGGACCCUCUCAAAGUCUUGCUGUGGAAAAGAUUAGUGAAAUGUACAACAUUCAGAGACUCAAGGAACCACUGGCUUUGACAUUGAUUAUUAAGUACAUCCUUAACGGAUCUGGUGACGAACGAACAAAGCACAGGGUCGAGGUGUUCAAUUUCAAAGAAUUUGGAAUUGCAGCAGCAUUUUACAAGGCUAAUUAUCAAAAGGAGUGAAGUGUCAGAUGUUAAAUAAUCCUGCUUUUCACUGAAUUGGUACAGUGAGGACAUUACUUUUUAAGUGUAGAUAGCAUUAGAUAUUGUGGUCGAAAUUUUUACUCAAGACAGUUCACCCCACAAUAUUGCAAAAAAUACUUGAGCCAUACUCAAAACUAGUCGAAUAAAAUUUUAACCCCUUGAAACAUUUGAGGUAACAUAUUACUCACUUUAACUCUGCCCUCUCUUAAAUGUUGUCCCAGAUUUAAUGUCAAGGAUGGGAGAAAAAAAUUGAGACAAUGGCUGUGCAGCAUAAUUAUACUAAAGCAUUCCAGAGAGAAAAGAAACAGAGUACAGAUUGUCACUUUAAACACCAUAGCUAGAAAGUUUUACCCAAAGAGUGAUGCAUUUGAGCUCUACCCAUUUCAUAAUUUAGGGAUAAGUGUUAUCAGUGAUUUAAGGUUUAUGAUUUGGAAUAGCCCUCAAGAAAAUCUGGUACCCAAAUGCUAAACAUUAAAGUAAGUAGAUGUAGUGUCAGAGGAUUGUAUGAUUGAUUUAAAAUGGCAUUUUCUUUUGGAAUUAUGUGCCAUUGUGGGGAUAUUUAAACUAGAAAAUUCAAAAUUUGAAAACCAGAUAACUGUUGAUGUCAUUCACUUAACCCAGUCGUACAUCAACCUUAAUGUAUAUUCUUUGUCAAUAUGAGGCAGUUAGAAAGAUUGUGUUAUUAAUCCCCAGAUAGAGAAUGUGGGGAGAAAGUAGGGGUUAGGGAACCUUCUCCAGAAUGUUUCUUACAUUUUUUUUUUUUUACUUAAUUAAUAUCACUUUUUUGCAACAAAUUAGACAGGGAGCAUAUGUACCCAAUUAUUCUCUUUAGGAGAGAAGGUAAGGUAAAGUCUGUUUUCGGGCCUAGUGGCCCAUUGGGCCGGUGCUUAACUCCGGUUUCUGUAGCAUAAAGCGA